AUGGCCCGCACCCAAGAAAGGAUUGAAGCGGCGCUUAGGAGGAUAGCAGCGGCGGAAGAGGCGGAGCAGGCGGUGUUUAGGGAGUUUCAGAGAAUGAGGGAAAGACAGGAGAGGAGGGAUGAG